AUGAGAGGGCAAGAGCCACGUUCAACAUCUUCUUGUGCGGCUUGCAAGUUCAUGAAAAGGAGGUGCACCCCUCAUUGUCUCUUUGCACCUUAUUUUCGAGCCGAUGAGCCCAACAAGUUUGCCAAGGUUCACAAGGUCUUCGGUGCAAGCAAUGUCACCAAAAUCCUAAAUGAGGUCCCUGAACCACAACGACAUGAUGCGGUCAAUUCCUUGGUGUUUGAGGCCGAGGAGCGGCUCAAGGACCCGGUGUAUGGAUGCAUUGGCGCGAUAGCAUCUUUACAGGAUAAGAUGUUCCAGUUGCAACAUGAUCUAGCUGUGGCUAAAGCCCGACUAGCUCGAUGCUCAUCCAAAACAUCUUAUGCUUCUUGCUCGACUACAUCACCAUUCUUGAUGUUGGAUGGUGACUUUGCCAAAAAGGAUAUUCUCAAAAGAAAAGGACUAGAAUUGAAGAAUGAUGAAACCUUGGAGCUUAUUGCUUACAUUAAGAGGAAAAUAGAGAAGAAAAUCGAGCAUAUUGAAGUUCCCACAUCAUGGACAACUACAUCCCACGACAUGGCAUUUGGAAUCUUCUCAAUUAAUGCAUAA